AUGAUUGAUCCAAUAUGGCGUCCUGGUGCAAGGAAGUGCAGGAAUUUGCGAGACGCGUUAGAGGGAGCGCGGGGAGGAGCGGGGGCGCGCGGCGCGGGGAGGGGUGACCUUCGCGCGUUGAUGCAAUGUCGCCGUGUCAUUGACCACGCUGCGCCGCGCGCAAACAGUUGCAGCGCCCCCCCUCGACCCGCCGCCCGCGCCACUCCCUGGGCUCCCUCCCCCGGCCACGUCUAUCGCCCCCUCCUCACGCUGCCCCCCACCUCCCCAGCAAGCGUGCACAGCAAACUUUUGCCGGUUUUACAAUAUUCAUUCGUUUGCAUUUAAAACUUAGAUACGUAUUUUUAAUGAAGAACAGGAAAAUUCACUGAACGCCUUUUAUUUUUACCCGCCGAUGUCAUUGCACGCAAAAGGUUUGAUUAAGAUGGAACAUCAGCAAAAAAACGACAAAGGAAGGGCAAUCUCUUCAGACAAAAGAAAUAUCAACACUUGAUUAUUGACCACAGCCAAAAACAUUGGAGGUUCGGGUAUCAUAAGUCGAU